GAAAAGGUCCGUGUUUCACACGUGGUGGCAGCGCUGAACUGAAUCCGGUGGCGUUGCGGCGGAGCGGCUGCAGGAAAAGCGCAGAUUAAUCUCUAAUAAACACAGUUUAAUACAGAUCCAGAGUGAAGAUGAAGCCCGGAUUCAGCCCGCGAGGUGGCGGAGGCCGUGGAGGUUUCGGAGGAGGUUUUGGAGGACGAGGCCGUGGAGGUGACCGUGGAGGAGGAAGAGGAGGAUUCAGAGGAGGAAGGGGAGGAGGAGGUGGAGGUUUUAGGUCUCCGGGUGGUGAAGGCGGCUUCAGGGGCCGCGGUGGCGGCAGAGGGACCCCCAGAGGCCGUGGGGGAAGAGGAGGAGGAGGAGGACGAGGAGGAUUUAGAGGAGGAAAGAAAGUCACAGUGGAACCUCACAGACACGAAGGCGUGUUUAUCUGCCGCGGUAAGGAGGACGCGCUGGUGACGAAGAACAUGGUGAUGGGAGAGUCGGUGUACGGAGAGAAGAGGAUUAGUGUGGAGGAAGGGGAAACGAAGAUCGAGUACAGAGCGUGGAACCCGUUCCGCUCGAAGCUGGCAGCUGCCAUUUUGGGUGGAGUGGAUCAGAUCCACAUUAAACCCGGAGCGAAAGUCAUGUACCUCGGCGCUGCGUCCGGAACGACCGUGUCUCACGUGUCUGACAUCGUCGGGCCGGAGGGUUUGGUGUACGCGGUGGAGUUUUCUCACCGCUCCGGGAGAGACUUACUGAACGUCGCCAAGAAGAGAACCAACAUUAUCCCCAUCAUCGAGGACGCCAGACACCCACACAAGUACCGCAUGCUGGUUGGUAUGGUAGAUGUUAUUUUUGCUGACGUUGCUCAGCCAGACCAGACGAGAAUCGUCGCUCUCAACGCGCACAACUUCCUCAAGAACGGAGGCCACUUCGUCAUCUCCAUCAAGGCGAACUGUAUCGAUUCCACGGCGGCUCCGGAGGCCGUGUUCGCAUCUGAGGUGAAGAAGAUGAGCGCAGAGAACAUGAAGCCACAGGAGCAGCUCACUCUGGAGCCGUACGAGAGAGACCACGCCGUGGUGGUGGGCGUCUACAGGCCACCUGCAAAGCAGAAGAAGUAAAGAGACAUUUAUGAUUGUACUGUUUGGACCUUUCCAUUACUGCUGAUCCCGCUUUGGCCACCAGGGGGCGCACACAGAUUCUUCAGGAUGAGGCCGCUGCUGUGGCUUAAGCUGAAUUUGUUUUUACGCUGCGUGUCCUGUCUUCCUUCCGAUGUCCGACAAAUUCUGUAUUUAAUGCCCACAGGAGACUUUAUUACUUCGCUAACCUGUCAGAUUGUGCUGUUUGGCUCUUCACCGCCGUGACGCCUCCUGAUGAAUUCGCUCAGUUAAUGUUUGGUUCAAACACAAUGUUUAAAGGAACAGUUCAGUCAAAGCUACUGUUGCUGACAAUAAAUGAAGACAAAUGGACGCCAGUUAAUUACGCAGCCAUCAACCAGCUGACAGUCCGUUCGUUGUUAGCCACGUUAGCGUGUUUGGCCGUGCUGUUCCUUUAAGGUGCGAGUAACUUGACUGGAAAAGUUUUUCCACAUCCUAUCAUGUAAUAUAGUAUAUCGAGAGGUGAUAAACAUUUGUUUUAUGUGAAUUUCUUGCUUUCAUCAUAACUUUGCUUUCUUUGAUUAUAUAGAAUCAGCUUUUCUAAAUCGUAGGUUGGUCACAGGUGGUUGUCAGUGUUCUGACAUGACGGUAAUGUGACUGUAUGGACUGACAGUUUCAUGUUGGUCUGUUUUUUUAUUAAAUGAACACAUUUGGUUCUGCGGG